CAUCACAAAAAGCGCUCGUAGGCGGAGAGGGCACGCAGCCCGCUUACACGGGACUGACGGGAAAUCACCAGCGGCAAACAGGAUCGUUGUGGCAGAUACGCUACCAUUGAAUUAUUUUGAAGCUCUCGAUUGGUUGUGUGACGUUUCUGCAUUCUGAGGCAUUUUCAUCAACAAGACGGCUUGUGUAGUACUAACUGGUUCACAGUCGUUUCGGCUGAUGAGCCAGAGCAGGUUGUGCACUCGGCUGCUGCUGAAAUCUACAUUUUUAAUUUUUCCAGAUAAAUAAUCAUACUCAGGAUCAAAUGAAGGAUUUUUUUCUUUUGUUUUCAGAGACCAUUAGUUAUUUUCUCUAUUUUGGACGGUGAACCUUUAUGACGCAAUUACGCAUGCCGGAAGAAAUUGGCGUUGACACACGAUCGACCAGCGACUCCACGCACAUUGACUGCGGGGAGCCCGAGGCGGAUGACAUAGCUAUAAUAACCCGGCCACAGCUUGACAUGUCUUGCUGAACUGUCGAGUGUGAACACAAUUAUUGGAGUUGUAACCCAGCCAAAGCCAUGGUGCACUGCGCUGGGUGCGAGAGGCCGAUCCUGGACCGCUUUCUGCUCAAUGUGCUCGACCGAGCCUGGCACGUCAAGUGCGUCCAAUGCUGCGAGUGCAAAUGCAAUUUGUCGGAAAAAUGUUUUUCUCGAGAGGGGAGACUGUACUGCAAAAAUGACUUCUUCAGGAGGUUUGGCACCAAGUGUGGUGGUUGUUCCCAGGGCAUCUCUCCAAACGACUUGGUCCGGAAGGCUCGGAGCAAAGUUUUUCACCUGAACUGCUUCACAUGCAUGAUGUGUAACAAGCAACUCUCGACCGGCGAGGAGCUCUACAUCAUUGAUGAAAACAAAUUCGUUUGCAAAGACGAUUACACGAGCAACAGCAGUGUAAAAGACACGAACCUCCUUUCAGUAACGGCAUGCAGUGACCCGAGUUUAUCCCCGGAUUCACAAGACCCUCUCCAGGAUGACGUGGUUCUUAAAGAAACGGAUAUUGCCGCCCUGUCGGAUAAGGAAACGGUAAAUAACGAGAAUGACGACCAGAAUCUUGGUGGCAAGCGGAGAGGCCCUCGGACAACUAUUAAGGCAAAACAGUUAGAAACGCUGAAGGCGGCGUUUGCUGCGACCCCUAAACCCACCAGACACAUCAGGGAGCAACUGGCGCAAGAGACCGGCCUCAACAUGAGAGUUAUUCAGGUCUGGUUCCAGAAUCGACGUUCCAAAGAGAGGCGUAUGAAACAGUUGAGUGCACUGGGAGCCCGCAGGCAUGCUUUUUUCAGAAGCCCAAGACGGAUGAGGACGCUGGUAGAUCGCCUGGAACCUGGGGAGCUCAUCCCGAACGGACCUUUCUCUUAUUAUGGAGAUUAUCAAAGUGAAUAUUAUGGCCCAGGAGGGAACUAUGACUUCUUUCCUCAGGGGCCACCUUCAUCGCAGGCUCAGACCCCAGUUGAACUCCCUUUUGUGCCCUCUUCAGGGCCCACGGCCACACCCCUAGGAGGUAUGGACCACCCGCUACCAGGGCACCACCCAUCCAGUGAAGUGCAGCGCUUCUCAGAUAUUAUGUCUCACCACCCUGGGGACUCUCCCAGCCCAGAGCCUGGCAUCCCGGGAGCUCUGCACAAUAUCUCCUCUGAGGUGUUUGGUCCCAGCGCACCGUUUACCUCACUGUCUCUGAACAGCAGCGGAUAUAACAACCAUUUGUCACAUCCGACGACAGAAAUGAAUGAUGCCACUGUGUGGUAGCUUUUGAAGGUGGCUGGACUAAAAAAUUAGUAACUGAAGUUUAUUGUGUUGUAGGAUGAAUUAAGGCACGGAUAUCAAAAGGGUCGGACAGCAGUUCCACAAAGCAUUUUUGGUUCAUUUAUCAUGUGUUAUUUAUGAACACUAACCCAAAACUGGUCAUUUUGAAAUCCACAGCCUACAUUGGUCUCUGCGCAUGAGGCGGGUACUAUCUCACUGCAAUGCUUUGGCCUGACAAAAUAUUUAUCACUGUUUCAGUUUCUGCCCACAGUAGUGUAGAUUGACAGGACAGUGCAGAGUAUUUAUGGCAUUAGACAUGCUUUUCGUAUUUAUUAAGAGGUUCCAAACCCCAGUGGCCUCUUGUAGCCCUACUACUUUGACUCUUCACAUUGCUUUUUUUUUUUUUUUUUUUUUGAGAAUGAUAAACUCGUCCAUGUCGUCUUUUGAAAGAUUUUUAUUUUUUUAUUUUUUUUUUUUAAGAAUUUUCAGCUAAUUUGUCAAAAGCUUCCUUCAAAAGGCACACACUACAAAAUGUACUCCAUGAAUUUCAAACCCUUUAUUUAAGAUGGAACAGAACUUGAAUUGUUUAAAUGAAGUCUACCUUCUAAAAAUCCUCUAGCAGAGUUCUAAACGGGACUUAAGAGAGUCAAAUGUUUACAUAAUCGACCUAUAGUUCAGGAGUCCAGAAAACCAUGUCUAAGAAUCCUGUUCAUGUAAAAAGUACCGAGCAACCAACCAAACUUUUGUAUUGAUUCAUUUUUAAUGUAUGAGGAAAUGACAUUUUCUUCAAAUUGUGGUUCACUGUGCUAGUUUGUACAAGAUGUUGUUUACAGAAAACGGUAAAAAAAAAAUACAAACCAAACCUGAGUAGUUGCCAAAUACUGUAAGUGAAUAGCACAACCUGUGUAAAUUGAUCACUGCAGAUUGUUAGAAUGUGUUCAGACAAGGAUGUUGAAAAGCAUACUUUCAUUUGGAAUUUUCUAAACUUCUGGCAAUACAUUAAUAACACUGUUCAUAUGACGUUCAUAUCUAGGUUUUAUAUUUAUGUCUUCAAAGAGAAAAUAUUCAAACUAUUAAAUGAUUGCUGAUCAUAUAUGCAUGUGGAAGCUACUACGUUUCUCCGAAUGUGAAAUCACGAUGCUCCAUAAUUCCGACUCUUACCAUUUUUCUUUUUUUUUUUUUUUUUAAACCAGUUUUAGCAUUUACAAGAGAAAAGGAUUCACUUACAACAGAUUUCUGUUUAAGUGAAUCAACUGAGAAGUCGGACAUAAAAUAAAAAUAUGCAACAGUUUGUCUUUUUUUUUUUUUUUUUUUUUUUUUUUAAUAUUAAAAUGAUUUUAAAUGUCAACCGGAACCAAGGGCAUAGGUUUGGUCUCAACAUUGGUAAGGACGAUAUAACAGCAUAACCUGUAUCCACCCUGGGGACAAGACAUUAAUAAGACCAAACAGAUAGAUGGAUAGAUAUUACUUCCCUCCGGUAAAAUGGAUAACACCAUACUGUAGUUCUUCUUACAACUGGCAUUUAUUAAUUUGCCACCGUUAAAUUAUGAACAUACAAUAAGAAUACAAUGAUGAAAAAGAGCGUUACAUUACUAUAGGGUAAAUCAAUAUAGACAAAUUUGCUUACAAAAACAUAUCUCAAUGGCUGCAUAAUAAUACCGAGUUAAAUAUGGUCCAAAUGUUGCGCAAUUCAACAAGGAAAAUGGCAGCAAUGUGACACCAGUCCAGUGGUGAAAAUAAACGCUGUUCAAUAAUAUCCCUUUCCCACUGGCCAAAAAACCCAUGUCAACCCACUAACAAUCGGCUUUUGGUGGCAGUGGGAAAGGUGCAGCGACCCCCCUCGACCCGUGUCAAUCAACCCGCCAAGCGACCCGCGUUAAAAUCACCUUGGUUCUGAUCGUCAUGCAGAGUGAAAGCAAAACCCCGGGUCAACAGUCAACACCCUAAUCCAUGUGGUGACGUAGGCUCUUACGUGAUGCAUCAUAACAACAUGCCAGUCGCCUCCCAUUUAACACGCCCCACAACCGUAGUUACGUCGAUGCUCAUAACAAAGCUAGUAGAAGAAGAAGAAUUCACGUCGCCUACGUUGCCUCAGCACAAGCAGAGUGUUGAUCCUUUGCUGCAUUUCAACCAUUUUAAGGGCAUUAAAAAGCAUGAAAACAGACAACACAAACGGAAAGGAGGCUUCCAUGUUGCUCUGCAUUGUUUACUUCCUUGAACCGAAUGAAUUCGGUUGCACUUGUCGACGCGCAUUUUAGCGUGGUGACGUCACGUAACCUUACGCACGGCUGAGGAGGGAUGAGGGGUUAGACGGGUGAAAAAAAAAAAGACACGACUUUUUUUGUCAAUGGGGAAGGUGCCAAAUGCCAAUUGCUAGUGGGUUGCAUCGGCUUGGAAAAAACGUGCGGUGACCCACUAGUUUCAGUGGGAAAGGGGCAUAUGUUAGCGGGCUAAUAGCGAGGUAACAGGGGGUACAUCGCCAAGCCCGCACCGUUUACCGUUUCUGGCUUCUGGAAAUGUUAACUGGCAUUCACCCCUGCUUCCCAAUGUAUAAGCAACGCUCGAAACCAACAUUAAGUAGCGCUGGCAUGACGUCAAACAAGUCUGUGUGCAACAAAUGAAAGUGGAGCGCACGUAUAGAACAAUAAAAUAUGAUACAUGAUAUGCAUAGGAAUUAGAGGCCAUUUAGAUUAAUUAGGCCUAAUAAAUAAAACCAUUAAAUGACAAAUAAUGUACUGUACUUGCCAUCAAUGCUGAGAGGUGGAAGAUGAGAGACUGUUACGUGACAAUAAAUAUGUAUUGGUUUAGGUGAUACACCGUUCAAUUCAAACCUUUGUUUUCAAAAACUACGAAAGAAACAUUUUGAAAACUUCCGGAAUAAAUGUCAGGAUUUUACUAGCAAAUUUAAAUUCCAAUAUUUGAACAUAAAUUAUAUUUAUAUUAAUAUACACAAUAAAUUAAAACUUGUUAAUAACCUCCUAACUAUGCAGAAUGCAACUAAAUAAACAUUUGUCUUAAGUCCACUCAACAUUGUUUGUGGAAAUAAAUAAAUUAAUUAAAUAUAACUGAAAAAAAAAAUAGUCAGAGAAUAACAAAAAUAAAUGAAAAUGGAGCCUCCCUUCAGGUAAAACACUGCUGUUUUUGCCCACAAGCACAGCCAAACUUAACAAAAAAUUAAGCCCAUUUGGGUUCAUUACAUUUCUCACAGUUUACUUAACGUUAACAGUAAAAAAACACAUACAGAAGGACACUUCUCUCUAAGCAGCCUCCUACUCGAGUUAGAAAAUUCACAGUUUAAUGUUAUGCUAACUCUGGUUCAGGUCAGACUUUAAGUAGCAAAAUUUGUGAUGUGUCCCCCACCUCCACGACAUUGAUGUCUUCUUACAUUACUGACAGUGGCUGCUUCUGGCUGGGAAAAAAAAAAAAAUCUCUCAUCUUUGAAGGAGGCGGAGGAGGCAGCAUGUUGUUGUCGUGUAUAAGUCAUCAGCCAGUCAAACGUGCAUUUGAGGGAAAAAAAUGGACUAGCAAAUUAAGCAAGUGAAAAGGGGUAAAUGUAAGUCUGAACACAGUGAAAAUUAUUCACUUAAAAAUGGUAGGGUCAAUUCUAUCCUUAUAACAUAU